AUGGUACAAAAGGCGGCGACUUCCACGACUAGCGCCAAGAUGACAGUUCCCAGCUCCAUCCCCGCUACCCAGCGUGCCAUCGUCAUCAACAAGACGGGUGGCCCCGAGGUGCUCGAAUAUAACGAGCAGUAUCACACUCCCAAGCUCGAGGACCUCAAGACCAACCAGAUCCUCAUCAGAGCAAAGUUCGCCGGCAUCAACUUCAUUGGCGAGCUGCGCCUUUUUUAUUCUCAAUACCUGCGCUCCUGCUGA